AAAGCAGGUUCAGGCAUGUUGCUUGAUGUUCAAGCCCAACCCAACCGGGCCGGUAUUACCUUUAAAGGGUUUGUAUUUACAAACCUAUCCUUUUGGCUCUCGUUCUUGCUUCUGGCAUCGACGGAGAGCUCCCUCACCACCGUAUCGCUAAUCACAAUUCAGAAGCUACAAGGAUCAAACAACACACAAGCUUCUCUAUCCUUUUCGCCACCACAAAAAGAUACAGGAGUAGCUCUGAGCAUUUCUAUUGAAAGUUGCAGAGUGCAGAUGGAAGGAAAGGAUCGACUACAAAAUGAGAACUAUGCAGCUGAUAUUUCAUCAAUAAAAGAAGCACAAGUACGCAUCAACUCAUUCAUACAUAGAACUCCAGUCCUAUCAUCAGAAUCUCUGAAUUCUUUAGCUGGAAGGAAGCUAUUUUUCAAAUGUGAAUGUUUGCAGAAGGGUGGAGCAUUUAAAUUCAGAGGUGCCUGCAAUGCUAUCUUUUCACUGGAAGAGCAUCAGGCAGCUAAAGGGAUUGUAACUCACAGCAGCGGUAACCAUGCUGCAGCAGUGUCUUUGGCUGCAAAACUACGUGGGAUUCCAGCAUAUAUUGUAAUACCAAAAAAUGCUCCAAAUUGUAAGGUUGAGAAUGUCAGGCGUUAUGGUGGUCAGGUUAUCUGGAGUGAGCCCACUAUGCAAUCAAGGGAGAGUGUGGCUGCCAAGGUGCUAGAAGAAACUGGUGCAGUGCUGAUUCACCCAUUCAAUGAUGGGCGCAUCAUCAGUGGGCAGGGUACCAUAGCACUGGAGCUGCUGGAGCAAGUCCCCCAACUUGACACUGUAAUAGUUCCAAUAAGCGGAGGUGGUUUGAUCUCAGGGGUGGCAUUGGCUGCCAAGGCCAUCAACCCUGCCAUUCUGGUUUUGGCUGCUGAGCCCAGAGGAGCAAAUGAUGCUGCUCAGUCCAAGGCAGCUGGGAGAAUUAUAAAACUUCCUGAGACCAAUACUGUUGCGGAUGGACUUCGAGCUUUUAUGGGAGAUCUAACAUGGCCUGUAGUGCGAGAUCUAGUAGAUGACAUCAUCGUGGUUGAGGAUAAUGAGAUCAUAGAAGCUAUGAGAUUGUGCUAUGAGAUUCUAAAGGUUGCAGUGGAGCCUAGUGGGGCCAUUGGCCUUGCUGCUGUUCUGUCUGAGGGUUUCCGAGACAAUCCUGCUUUGAAGGACUCCAAGGACGUCGGAAUAAUACUUUCGGGAGGUAAUGUUGAUCUCAGUGUACUGUGGGAAUCAUUCAGAAAAUAAGAGUUAACAAUGUCCUCCUUUCUAUGUGGAAGUCAUUCAGAAAAAUGAAAGUUAACAAAGUCCUUGUUUCUACGUGAGAGUCAUUCAGAAAAUGAAGGUUAACAAAGUUCUUAUUCUAAUGUAGAGGCAGUAGAGCAGUGUUCUCUCUC